CAAAACAUUCUGAAAUGAUUACAAUAAAAUUAGUUUAUAUCUACAACACAAUCUUCAUUCUGUAUUUUCUUAAUAAAAUAAUCUAGUUACAAAGUACGUGCAAGAACUUGUGUAUCCUAUGCUCGGAUUGAAGCCGAAAAAUUGCAGUUACAAUCGAAAGCAGUAACUACCAGGCUCCCAAAUGUAAUCAAAGAACGAGAAAAAGCAAACGAAUGAAUACACACACUUAUGCUGAAUAUUUCAAGCGCCUCGAGGGUGAGAAAUGAGGCCAAAAGGAAAAAGAAUCCACGCAGAGCCGACGAUUAUGGGCAAUCGAUACGCACGCGACCAAUUCGAGUUUCAAAGCGCAAGCUCAUUGUGCUUUGCUGAAUGUUCAUUAAUUGGUCACCAACUUCUUUAAUUGAUUCAAUUUCGAAAGAUAAUGUUUCUGUUACAAGUUUUUUUAAUGAUUCUUAUACGUUUGACAUAUACGUAUUUUUAAUGAAAAAAUAAUAAUUUUGAUAUAAUUUUAUCAGACCAAAAUCAUAAUAUGGUUAAACGAAUAUUUCACAAAUUCUGUUUGUAGUGAAACUUGGGAAUUCGAUUUUUAUCGAUCGUCAAACUAACUUUUAGAGCAAGUAUCGGUAAUAAGUUCAACGAGAGGAAAUUAUUGUUAAACGUGUGUUUCAUUUUGAUUACUAUAUUUAUAUAGUUCGGUUAUUCCCUCAGUAAUAAAUCGGUUAACAUACAUAGUCCUAAGCCUAAGGUUAACGUCUCAUAAGUAAUAUGCCAUAGCGUUCAGUACAUAUAGUAAUAUUUAAAAUUUUAUAUAAAUUAUUUUUCCUUGCUAUUAAUACACUAAUACUUGCAAGCUAUAAAAUGCAUAAACAUUAUUUUAAUCCAUUAACUUAUCACCAGAAUAGCAAGUUAAUAAUAUUAUGAAAAAGCAUUGGAUACGUUUGGUAUGCACAAAGGAAAAUAUUAUUCUAUAAUAUCGUGGCUAUGUGACGUUUACAUUCGAGCGUUGAUCUUAUUAUCCGAGCGACGCGGCAUCCUUUAACUAAUGGAACAUCAUCGUCCCUUGAGUGCGAGACAGUUCGUAUAAGCGCAAGCCACUCUACAGCACUCGCCAACAAUAUCAGCAUCAUUCAAACCACAUGUGCUCACGCCGGAAAUUCAAUUGUUUAUAGCUACGAUAUUCCAUUGGGGGACGAUAUUGCUGUAUGCUAUAUUCGCAUUCACUCUUACUUUAUAUGUGAUGCUUUUCUUUGAUUUAUGAAAACCCAUGCAGUAUAGGAACUAUUUCCUACAUUCGUAGAGUAUACGUGUGCUCGUAUAUCGUUAUUAAUUUCUUAUAAAAAGCUGUUAUUAAUAUGCUUGUUAUAACAGUACUCACGUUUAGAAAUGUAAUAAUAUUUAUUCCAAAAGCAAAUAUAAAAAUACAUACGCAAUAUCAAAAAUAUCUAUACCAGCUGAAUGAAAGCCGUAAAUUUGGAAAAUCUGUGCAAUCAGGUUUCUACACUUCAAUAAAAAAAACCUUAGCUAACACGCAAUGCCGAAGCAUUGUUACAAGCUGGCACCGCAUCUCCUUCCAUAUUGUAUGAAUCGUUCAUUCUCUACUCUCGAUCACAUAUCCUAAGUGUGCACCUGACAUUGUUAAACCGUGAACAUAAAGUACGAAAAAAUAGCAAUGAUCAAAUUGUAAAGUACGCUCAUCCAAUCGAGUACAGAAAAGAAGAACUAAGUUGCAUAGGUAGUUUGUUCAGUUGCUCUCACGUGGAUACGUCCACACAAAUACGCAAGCAAAAGUCACACGACUCUUUGACGUCACUGCUGCGGCAGGAGACUUGAGCGCGCAGACUCGUAGCUAGCCACAUCGAUCUGGCUGCGCGCACUCGUCUGCGCGCCAUCAUACAGAAACGACAGGCCGCAGUGCACCCCGACGACGACGAGUGUGCUGCUCUACAAUCACCAUGCCGUUCUUCUGUCAGCUCUGAAAGUUUCAUCAUUAUUCAAACGUGAAUCUCGUUUGUUCAGUGAUUACGCGGAGGAAACUGGAAAGCGAGAAUGGGUAAGCCAAUGCCAGAAGAAGAUCUCGUUGUACCACCUCAAGACACCAAAAUCUGCGGUACGAUAUGUCUCUGCCAAAUGACGGCGGUACUGUCGUCUGUAGCUCUUGUCUACCUCACCGUGGCCAUCUAUAUGCCAAGUACGAGAGCCUUUGCGUCCGGUAUAAGUGAGGUACCAGCCAUGUGCACAACUGUCCGUGCAGCCAACGCUGACAAUUGUGAUUGGGGUAGUUGUGGCGAAUGGUGCUUGUCUAAAACCUCAGGACCUUGCGUUCAGAUUCACGUGAACCUACGUAACAACGGCUCCUCCAUUCGUUUGGCAAACUGUACCAACACUACAAAUAAAACUUGCUACGGUAUCGACCAGGAGAAUGCAAAGAAAUCCAAGUGCAUAGCCGAUGAGUGCCGUAACCUCACUGGUACUUUUAAUUGUACAACGGGUGUUUGCAUUAACAUAACUGAUGCAUUCGAGUGCAUGUUUCACGACACCGAUCCGCCGCUCAAGUGUUCUGGUAGGCGUGGCAAAAUCACGUGUAUAGAUAUAGACGGGUUAUUUAGUUGUAACAGAGGGACUUGUUCCAAAAUACGUACACCUUAUAAUUGUGAUCGUCGUUGUGUCGAUAUUCCAACGAGAAAUAAGAACGUCAUCCUACUCAGUGGUGAUAAGGUUUAUUUGACUUCUUGCGAAAGUGCCCUCGAAGCAGAGACUGAAAAAGAAAUAUGGAAUCAGAAGAGGAAUGAUAUUCUAAUGGCUUCUUGUUAUGGAAUUUUUAAUACCAGUUCAGGUGUUGAAGCGGUAGAUUGUAUCAAUGGUUCCACGCUGCAGAAGGACAUGUUAUCGGAUUUGACUAAUUUCACGUACUUGUCAUACUUAAAUAUCUUCGCGACAAAACCGUUGGACGAGACGCGUAAAAUUCUACCACCAGAACAAGAUCUGAUCAUCGCCAAUGAGAGCCGAUUGCUGAUCAAUCUCGAAGGCUGCGUUAAUACACUUCGUGACGAGUGCAAAUUUUUUCUCGCGGAAUAUGGAAGAGAUGGCUCCGAUCACAAUGCGAGAGCUCGCUUCCCGUGCUACUACUCCGAGAACAAGCCAAGCAUCGUGGUCUCACGCUUCGAUUUGCAAUCAACCUAUCGGGAGUUUGUCAUAGCAUCCGUCUUACCCAGCGUACUAUUUAUCGUCAGUUGUUUGACGCUCAUCCUCUGCCAAAGAACCGUUGUUGUUGGCGAUGACUCAAGAAUGAGGUUCAAAGGCACAGCUGGUUCUGCCCUCGUAUCGCUGACACUCGAGAAGAGCGCUUCGGGUAAUUUCACUGGCGAUGCCGGUGGGGGCGAUGCCGCCAUAACGCUCUGAGAUCCAUCACGUAAGACCAUCACAUAUCUGAAACUACUCUACACUACCGCUACCACUGCAUUUCUCGACAAACGAUCGGGUGACGUCUGAUCGGUAAUGCCGGGAUCCUGCUUGCCGACAUUGUCUUAAUUAUAUAACCUCUCUUUCUAAACGCGUUUAAUUAUUUACGUGCUGCUGCCAAUCUUCUUUCUCAUUCCGUCUCUUUUUCGAUGAUAGCUUAUGUGAGAGAGAUUAAGUAGAAGAUUUUUUAUUCAUGGCCUAUACUGUCCGUUAUCACAUCUCUGUGUAAGCUUGGAUAUGACGCUCUUGGGAGACCAAAUUACGAAAUCUGUGAUUUAAACAAAAAAAUCUGUAAAAUUUUUAUGAAGAAGUAAUCUGUGUGUGCUGCUUGAUUAUUUCUUAGUUGUUGUUAAUGUUCAUAUUACUGAAAACUGUUCAAAUUUGUACGAUAUGUUUAAUGCAAUUCUGGAUAAUUCCAAGCCAACGUAUAAAAUGUUGUCGAUAUUAUGUAUGUCUCUAGUCUAUUUCUAGACCUAUAGUUAUACUCGUUAAAUAAUAAUAAUCAUAAAAAUAUAAAUAUUGAAACACUAGAAUAGAUUUAGGAAAUAGAUAACGAUUUUUUUGUGUUUUUAUAUGAUAUAAAAAACAGCAAGUGUUCAAGCUUUAGCAGCUCACACAGCAUUACUUCUAGAAUGUAAAUAAUGUAACCGAAUAUAUUAGACAUCGGAUAAAAGUAUAAGACACAUGCCUUAAAAAUUAAAGCUUAACAAGUGAAGCACGAAAGCUCAAUGUUGUCGUUAGUAAGGUUUCCAACUAGUCGCUUUCUCAAGCGUUCAGAAUAUUUUGUAAAUUAAUAGUGACGAAGAUGAAUGAUCAAAAGUUUCCUCUUACGAAUUUUUGCUAUUUACACUCUUAGUAGAAUAAUUAUUGCUAUCGCAAAUAAUUUGGAAAUAAAAUUAAAAAUAUUCUGUAUUAUUGAAUAAAAUGAA